ACUCCUCUUACUUUUUGAUUAACAUUGAAAUUGUUUCUCUUGUUGAUUCUAAUUAGUAUUCAGUAAUUAGCUUAAUGUUGUGUAAUAAUCAAUGUAUGUUUCUCCUUUUUGAGAUGUUUCCAUCAAUCGCUCUUGUUGCCUAAUCUAAUCGGAGUAUUUAUUGUGUAGAUAAAAACAUGAAUAUGAUGUUGAAGGUUAUUCUUACUUGUGCUUGUGGAUUCAUUAGUUGAUCUUUAAUUGUGAAUGAUUAACAUGUUCACUGAAUUAAUUUUCUUUGUUGGUAAUUUUUUCACUCGAUUGAAAAACUUUCUCAUCUCUAAACGAAUUCAUCUGAUGACAAUUACAACCAUUCUCUUGAUUCUUUAUGAUGUCAAACUGUUGAAGAGAAUUGCUAACCUUGAGCCAACGAAAAUAAUCUAUUCUUCUAGUCUAUGUUUUCUACCUACUUGGCGUGAUGAUUUAAACACAUCUGAGUCUAAUUGUUUUGGUAAUUGUUGUGCGACUAGUAAAUUUGAUCUCAACUCGGAUUUUAAUUGUAUUGUCUCAUGUAGACCAUCAUUAAUCAGUUUCUUUAAACAAUCCAAUGUUUUCUUCACCUUUCUACCGGUCAAAAUAAUUCCAGAGGCAAGAAAAAAAGUAAUUUCAAUUUCUCUCUAUGGUUAUGCUGAUCUGUAUCUUAGAAACUCAAUCAAAGUGAUUCAUAAUUACAAGAAAUUACUCCCCGAUUGGAUUUGCCGUUUUUAUGUUGGAUCAGAUGUAUCGCCUCUUUUAAUUAAUCGCCUUAUUCAUGAAGGUGCUGAGGUGAUAAUUGUUUACCAGAAUCAGCCCAAUGGUGAUAAGGAUAAGUCAAAGAUUCCAAGUUUCCAUGGUAUGUUUUGGCGCUUCUUUGUCAGCGAAGAUGAGAAUGUUGAUCGUUACCUGGUUAGAGAUUCGGACAGUUUACCAAUUCAACGAGAAAUUGAUUCGAUUAAUUCUUGGAUUAGUGAGGCGAAAAUGUUUCACGUUAUGAGAGACCAUUUUGAACAUGCGACCGAAAUUCUUGGCGGUUUGUGGGGUGGAAUAGUUAAUUUGAACCAAUUCAAUUUGUCUUCUCUUUAUGAGAUAUCAUUGAUCGAUGGAUACGAUCAAUUAGAUGGAAUUUGGAUUGAUCAAUAUUUCCUUCGAUAUUAUGUUUGGCCUAUUGUUCGGGAAAAUAUGACCUGUCAUGUUUCUUAUAGAUGGUGGGGAGUUGAUUCAACUGGAUGUAAAGAUUUUCCAACUCAAAGAAUCGGCAAUCAAUUUGUUGGAGCCAGUCAAUCAUAAUGGUAAUUGAAUCAAAUUGGAAAACAUCAUGAUCAUCAAUGAAAAUGAAAAUUUUAACCAUAAGACUGAGUUUUAAUUACAAUCUGAUUGGUCAGAAAAAUUGAUCCGGAACCAAAGAAUUGAAUGUAUCAAGGAAAUCAUUUUAAUCACAGUUACACAAUUGAAAGAAAAUGAUUAUAUUUCCGUUGAUUACCACUGGUAAUUAACCCAAGGUUCAUAUUUAGCCAAAAUAUUUUCAACGUCAUCACAAUCAAGAUUUUUCUGUACAUUGAUUGUUACAGUUAAUUGUAUGUAAUGGUAUAUUCAAUCAUUUUUCUGAUCAACCAGAAAAGAAACUACAAUGAAAUUGACUAUUUAAUUUCCAACAUUGAAAA